CUUUCUCCGCGGCGGGACUCCGGCCUCUCCCCGCGGCGGGGGCGAGCCCCGUUGCUGAGGCGGACGGAGGGGAUGGCGGACCCUCUGAGGAGGACGCUGUCCAAACUCCGGGAGAAGCGGGGUCCCCGCGGCGCUGGGGGGCUUAGGCUCCCCGCAGCCGCUGCAGCUACAGUGGCGGCCUCCCUUGCUGCCGAGGGAGACGUCUGGGGUGCCCCGCACUGCCCUCCACGCGAGCGCGCCGGCGGAGCGGGGCCGAGCCUGGAGCAGCCCCCUCCGUCUCCCGGGGCGCGGGGCUCCGGAGGGCGCCCGGAGCGGCUGGAGGCGCUCGGGCCUCGGCCACGCGGUGGGCAGGAGGCCGUCCCCCCGGGCCGCAGGCUCGCUCGCGCUUCUCUGCCAGCCCCGCCGGGCUCCGAGGGCAGCGGAGAGGAGGAGGAGGAGGAGGAGGAGGAGGACGCCGCCGACUACUACGAGAACCUGCCUGGCGGCUCCCAGCCUGCGCCCGCGCCCGAGGGGACGGAGGCGGAGCGGCGGCCCCCGCCUCCCCCCGCGGCGGGCUCCUCCCCGGGGGCGGAGGGCGGCCGCCUGGAGACGGGCAGGCUGCAGACCCAGUUGCGAGAGGCCUAUUAUCUGCUGAUCCAGGCCAUGCACGACCUGCCCCCUGACUCAGGCACGCGGCGGGCCGGCGGGGGCUUGGCGGAUCGCGGCUGCCCCGCGGGAGCCCGGGCCUCGGACCAGCCGCCUUCCCCCGGCGGCGCUGCGGACCGCGGAGCCUGCCGCCGAGACGGGGAGCGGGGAGGCAGCGACCGCCCUCCGCAGCAGGUGUCCCCGCCCCGGUCUCCUCCGAGGGAGUCGGGGGGAGGCCGGCUGCCGACUCCUCGGAUGCGGCUGUCCUGCAGCAGAAGCCUCGAGAGCCUCCGGGUGGGCGCCAAGUUGCCUCCAUUCCAGCGGUGGCCCAGCGACAGCUGGAUCAGGUGCGGCGCGCGCGGGGAACGGGACGAGCACCCGCCACGUGGAGGCGGGAUGGACGGCUGGAGCAGGGGCAGCGCCCGGGCCGCGGCGUCCGACUGCCUCCUGCCUCCCGGCUCCAAGAUCCCUGGCCGCUCCCCAGAAAGCCCAUUUGGGGGUCCUGCGGGGUCCUCGGUAAUUCGCAGCGGCAGAGAAGACCGCCAGGAGGGGCCCCCCUUCCUUAAGCCGCCUGCAGUGACAGUCAAAAAGCUGCAAAAGUGGAUGUACAAAGGGCGCCUGCUGUCCCUAGGAAUGAGGGGUCGAGCCCAGGGGACAACCCCCAAAGUCCCAGGAACGCAAGCAGUACCUCCAAAUCUGGACACUUUGAAAAUGCGUGAAAACCACGUCCUCUCGGAGCCUCCAGACCAGAGCGUGACACUGACAGAUUUAUUUGAAAACGUGUAUGGAUCAUCAAUAAAGAGAAGAGAACUUGAAGAUCUGAAGGGUAAUAUUGAAUUCAGAGGUCAUAAGCCAUUUAACAGCAUCACUGUUUCAAAGAAACGCAACUGGCUAUAUCAGAGUACUCUGAGAUCUCUUAAUCUGGAAGAAAAUAAGAAAUGCCAAGAUAGAAGUCAUUUAUCCAUCUCACCGGUGUCUCCACCUAAACAUCAGCUGUCACAGCCUUUCCUUAAGUCUUCUGAAGAGUACUGCACAUAUAUGGUGUGUGACACCACAGACUCUUUAUUAUCAAGGAACUGUUCUUUCCACUUUAAUGAGGAAAAUGAUGCAGAUGAUGAAGGAGAAAUAUGGUACAACCCCAUUCCUGAGGAUGAUGACCUUGGCAUAUCCAGUGCCUUGAGUUUCGGUGAGGCAAACCCUGCCGUUCUGAAGCUUCCUGCUCUUAAUUUGAGUAUGUUGUCUGGUAGUGACCUGAUGAAAGCAGAACUGUGCUCUUCUGAACACACAGGUGAUAUUCAGACCACUCAGUCAAAUGGAAUGAGUCCCGUGGAUUCUAUCCAUUCUACAGAAUUUAUGCAGCAGUACAAACAAGGACUAGGACACAAGACCCAGGAAGGUAUAAUGGUGGAGAACAGUCCCAUGUUGAAAUCUGCUUUUGCAGGUUCUGGGAUGUUACCUGCUACAAAUAGGUCUGAAUUAGGGGUUAUGGAACCUUCUUCUCCAAGCCCCAGCCCUGUGAAAAAAGGAAGUUCAAUUAAUUGGUCUUUGCCAGAUAAAAUAAAAUCUCCACGAACUGUGAGGAAACUCUCCAUGAAAAUGAAAAGGUUGCCGGAAUUUAGUCGAAAGCUAAGCGUUAAAGGAACCUUGAAUUAUAUGAGCAGUCCAGAUAAUACUCCUUCCUUGUCUAAAUGUAACUGUCGAGAAAUUCACCAUACUGUUAUUCUACCUUCUGGGAACACAACUACAGCUGCUAAGAGGAAUGUUAUAAGCCGAUACCACCUUGACACCACUGUGUCUUCUCAGCACAGCUACCAGAAGAAAACUUCUAUGAGUUCGAAGUACUCCUGCAAAGGUGGUUACCUCAGCGAUGGAGACUCACCUGAACUUCUAACUAAAUCUAGCAAACAUGGAUCUGAAAUCAAAGUUGGGAAAACCAAAGACAUAAUUCCAAACAGUUGCAGCAAAAAUGAAAUAGACACAGAUGCUUUCAGACAUUAUAGUUUUUCUGAUCAACCCAAAUGCUCACAGUACAUAUCUGGACUCAUGAGUGUGCAUUUCUAUGGUGCCGAGGACUUAAAACCACCCCGGAUUGAUUCAAAGGAUGUCUUCUGUGCCAUUCAGGUAGAUUCAGUAAACAAAGCAAGAACAGCUUUGCUUACAUGUCGGACCACAUUUUUAGACAUGGAUCAUACUUUCAAUAUAGAAAUUGAAAAUGCACAACAUUUGAAACUAGUAGUAUUCAGUUGGGAGCCAACUCCAAGGAAAAAUCGCGUGUGUUGUCAUGGAACUGUUGUUCUCCCCACCUUAUUCAGAGUGACAAAGACACAUCAGUUGGCUGUCAAACUCGAACCUAGAGGUCUUAUUUAUGUGAAAGUGACUCUUAUGGAACAAUGGGAGAAUUCUCUUCAUGGACUAGAUAAAAAUCGGGAAUCAGUAAUAUUUGGUGUUGAUAUUCAAAAAGUGGUAGAAAAAGAAAAUGUAGGCUUGAUGGUGCCACUCCUGAUACAGAAAUGUAUUAUGGAAAUUGAAAAGAGAGGCUGUCAGGUAGUAGGACUGUAUCGAUUAUGUGGUUCAGCAGCAGUCAAGAAGGAACUCCGAGAAGCUUUUGAAAAGGAUAGCAAAGCCGUUGGUCUGUGUGAAAACCAGUACCCAGAUAUAAAUGUAAUAACAGGUGUUCUUAAGGAUUUUUUAAGAGAACUUCCUUCCCCUCUGAUAACAAAGCAGCUUUAUGAGUCUGUAUUAGAUGCAAUGGUAAAAUGCCCUUUGAAAAUGUCAUCAAACGGAUGUGAGAAUGACCCAAGUGACUCUCAGUACACUGUUGACCUGCUGAAUUGUCUGCCCAGUGUUGAGAAGGCAACCCUAAAGAUGUUGUUGGACCAUUUGAAAUUGGUGGCUUCUUAUCAUGAAGUGAAUAAAAUGACCUGCCAGAAUUUGGCUGUGUGCUUUGGACCAGUGUUAUUAAGUCAAAGGCAAGAGACUUCCACCCAUAACAACAGAGUCUUUACUGACUCCGAAGAACUUGCAAGUGCUUUGGAUUUUAAAAAACAUAUUGAAGUUCUUCAUUAUUUACUCCAACUCUGGCCAGUGCAACGUUUAACUGUCAAAGAAGCAACAGACAGUUUGUCCCCAGAGCAGGUGUCUUCUCUGAAUUACUUGAGGCGGAAGAAAGAGCGACCUUGCAUGUUAAAUUUGAGUGGUACUGAUUCUUCAGGAGUGCUAAGGCCACGGCAGACCAGAUUAGGUAGUCCACUUAGCAAUCGUUAUGCAGGAGACUGGAGCAGCUGCGGAGAGAACUACUUUUUAAAUACAAAGGAAAUUUUAAAUGAUGUGGAUUGUGAUGCUGUACCUUCAGAAGGUAAAGAAAAUGGAGACGAUUAUAGCAAAAUAGAUGGGCCAGAAAUGAUGGUUGAACAGCCAGUUCCCAUGUCCAAAGAAUGCACAUUUCAGACAUACUUGACAAUGCAGACAAUUGAGUCCACAGUGGAUCACAAAGUUAAUCUCAAAGAUCUACAAGAAAGUAUUGAUACUUUGAUUGGCAACCUGGAGCGAGAGCUCAACAAAAACAAGGUUAAUAUGAGUGUCUGA